CCCCGUCUGCUUCCUGUUGUUUUUGUCUUUGGCGCGUGAGCUUAAGCGCGCGCCAGCCCGGCCGGCGGAUCCUCCCGAACACCUUGUCCGUUGUCUCUCCGCGUCUCUCGGCCGCCAUGCUGCUCCCCCGCCAGGUGGACUUGGAGGCGGCUGAGGCGCUAGUCAGCAUGAGUUUCUGGGGUCACAAUUCACUCAGGCCCCGCCCACUGACUCCAAACUGCGACUCGUGUGACUCCGCCCCCUCGCACUCGCUGGGCACGCCCUCAGCCAAUGAGAUGGCGGCGUUGUCAUCACUGUGCAUGACUCCGCCUCGCAGUCCCAACUUAGGUGAGGCCAACAUCGCCGCAUCUGUCCUAAGCCGUCUUCCCGAUGGCGACGCCGCGGCGACUGGCGUCGUCCGUCACACCGCCGACAGUCUCAGAGCGUCCCCUGCUACUCCUCGGGUGACUCCCCAGCCAUCCUCACCUACUCCUCCCGUCUCGCCGCCUCCUCUCGUCUCGCCGCUCCUCUGCCAGCUUUUCCCGUUGGCCAGCUUCUCCCUCCUGAGUUCGGCCGUGCCACAGGGCGCUGUUGUGCUGGUGGUCCCGCCCGCCCGGACGCCGAUAACCCCGGGCAGCGCCAAGCUUCUCCCCCUGGCGCCCACACCCGACAACACGCCAACGGGCAGCGCCGGCGGGGACUCGUUACGCCGCCGCAACUACGUGUGCGACUUCCAGGGAUGCCGCAAGACCUACUUCAAGAGCUCCCACCUCAAAGCACACCUGCGCACGCACACAGGCGAGAAGCCGUUCAGCUGCCGCUGGGAAGGUUGCGACAAAAAGUUCGCCCGCUCCGACGAACUUUCCCGCCACCGCCGCACGCACACAGGCGAGAAGAAGUUUGUGUGCGGCGUGUGUGCACGUCGCUUCAUGCGCAGCGAUCACCUGACCAAACAUACACGCAGACACUCCAGCGCCAAGAGGCCCGCCUCUGCCGCCGCCGCCUCCUGGACCCUUGCUCAAAGCUCAGGCGCAGUCCUUCCUGUCGGCCUCACAGUCACCUCAGGGUGGGUUGAGGAGCCUCACAAAUCCUGAGUUGUAAGUACCUCCACCUGUUUUCUAUUCCAAAUCCUCAUCAAAACUUUUCAACUUUGACCUCAGACUAUGUUAGCGUGACUGCAGGUAGAGGUCAGAAGCGCGUGUCGCGUUCGGACGUGCAACGCAAAACUCUCCUCGCUCAGGAUUCUUUUUUUCCAAUUUAUUAGACAAAAUGGCGACCAGGUGGUUGUCCAUAGACACAAACAACAAUAACAAUGUGACAUUGCACUACAUUUUUUACACAUUAAAAACUUGUUUUUGUACUCUUUUCUUUCACGUAUGUAUAAAGGAUGUUUAGUGUGUGUAUAAAUAAUCUGUUGCAUCUGUGUACCAAAACAUAAGUGUUGUGCUUGCUUCUUAAUACGUAAUCCACUGUGGGUGAAUGUCAAGUAACUCCACAGCCAAUUAGAUAUUCUCACUGUGAUACUACCUACUACUACUUAUUACUUCCUAAAUAUUUUGUUUAUGUAGGCAGGAAGAAAAUACCUCAUGUUAUUAAUUGUGUAAGAAAAUAAGUUGUUUUUAUAAUAAAUUGAAAUGCAAGAAAUAAUGUCACUUUAGAAUGGUUUACAACCAAAA